GGUCCAGAGUGAGCCACAGACUCAGCUUGGGGGACAUUUGGCGAGUCUUCAAGCUUUCAGGCUUUCUUUUAGUCAAGAUGAGUGAUGAGCCAGAUUUGUCGGAAAUGGAGAAAUUUGACAGGUCAAAACUGAAGAAAACUAAUACUGAAGAAAAAGAUACUCUUCCCUCUAAGGAAACUACCCAGCAGGAGAAAGACGGUGUUCAAACAUUGUAAAAUGGAGAUCUCUUCCCAGGAGCAAAUUUCAACACUGCCUGAGGGUCUGGGUUUUAGCCUUGUUUUUUGUAAAUCUAUGGCUUUAUAGAGAUUUUAGGCAUCUUGUGAUGUCUUCUCACCUAUAUUCCCUGGCUAAGAGGUCAGGGGUAGCCAAUGU